AAAAAAUACUCUCUAAUUCGCCCUUCUUACUCAUCCGAAAAAUCCUUGCAUCUUUGAGUUCGUCGGAGUCCCGUCAACGGGAACGAAUCCGUUCUAUCCUGGGAGACAUUUGCUACGUUAGUCGGGCAAAAUCGUCUUAAGGAGACAACGCCAGUUGGGCUCGGAUUUACUGCGUAUGCAUUUUCCUUCUUACUCAUUUUUUCUAUUUCUAUUUUCCAUGUUAUUAAUUGAACACGUAGAUAACAAUGUCAUCUCUCCGGAUCACCCACCACUUAUUGCCCCUUCUGUGGCUGAGCCUCCCUCCCCCGCAACCGUUCCCACACGGCGGAUUUCCGGAAGCACAAAAUCCAGCACGAUAAAAACGAAACGCAGCAAGAAAGUAAAACAUAAGAAGAAGAAGAUAAAGAAGAAGAAGAAUAAGAAGAUGAGCAAGAAAGAUCGUGACAUUACUAUUUCCGUUUCUGUAAUCGGCUUUGUCCUCCUUGUAUUAAUUAUUUGUUUAGUUAUAUAUUACCAUUACUAUUACAAGCCUAAACAUAGUGGGGCCCAGGCCGCCAUAGUAUAAACUAGGGAAAUUUACCGGGAUAUGACUAAAACUCAAUGAGUUUCUCAAUCUAUGACCUACUUAGUUUUUAUACCUUUGUAUGACUGAAAAUCCAAAAACAAAUAGAAAAUUCGUUUAUAUUUAAAUGUUGAAUGACGAAAAU